AGGAAUUGUAUAGAAAUAUUGUUAAAAUAUUUUGCACGUUAGUAUUUUAUGUAUUGUAGAAGUAUAAAGCAAGUUAUUGCACAUAAAUUUUAUCAAUAAAAUCUUAUAUGAAGCCCCAAAGGACCCAUAUUGCGAACCAUCGAGCUAAACGCAUGAACGAGCCACCAAGUAAAACCGCUUGGCGAUCACUCGACCUGCGCCAAAUAACAGCCAAAACAACCUGAGAUCACGUGGAGUUAAACAAAUCUAAUUUCCGUGGAAGGCCGUAAGCGGCCUCCAGUGUGGCAUUAACCACAAUGGUAAAUGGCGCUUUAAGUGGUUCGUCUUUUGCAGCGAUGUCAGCAUGUUUGGAAGACGGUCGGAAUGUAUCGGGUUAUCACCACAAGAAGACAUGGUCCAUGUUGUAUGCCGAAAGACUGAAGAAUCUAGGAAGGUUCUCGCUGUAUCUUAAUGUCGACAGGAUCCAAAAUGAAACGGGCUACAGCAACAUUAGAGUCCAAGUAGAUUCUGGGUCAGUCAGCAUCACCACUGGACAAGGACGUGGCCGAGAAUGGACUUGGAAGCUGGGCAUUCCAGAGGUUCAGUUUCAUCCUGCUUCUUGUCGAGGUCUUCGCUGUUCCCGCCAUGGAGAGUUGCAGUGUACCCUGCAGACCUCUUUACCCAACCUGCUGAUGUCUCCAGCACCUCCCACCACUUCCAGCCAACUGUCUUCCCAUCUGGUGGCUUCCCUUUCCAAGGGAACAGACAGCUGUAGAUGUCGUAUUUGUGGUAAUGUUAUUCUACCAGCCGAAAGAAAAUUCCGAAGAGUUCUUCCCCUACCAUCAGAAGCCUGGAUGGAAAUGUCUGGCAACCAUUUCUGUCAUCAACAUGAAACGAGUGGUUCUUCAAAGAAGUCUAAAACCAGUUCAGUUUCUAGUACCAGUUUGUCACCCAAACCUGGUGAUUGUCUGGUCAGUGAUUUGUACUUUCUAGUGAAUUCUACUGAUCUCAGCCCUACGUCUCUCAUCAAAAAGAUGGACUCCACUCAGUUGGUGUGCAGAAGAUGUCGAACAGAGCUUGGUACUUGCUUACCAUCCUGUGGAGAUGCCUCUCAAGAUAACGAGCCUGGCAGAUUUGUUUGCAAGAUUUAUUCCUACACCAUCAACAUGACGAAUCUAAUCAACUCUGUAACUGAACCUCUCACUGGUAUAAACAGGUGGACCUUUACGGAAGAGUCUUAUUUGGCCAGUUAUCUCUUAGAACAGAGUCGAAUCUACACCAGUUUCAAAUUCAUCAUUGAAUCUUCAAAAUCCGACAACCAGCCAGCCAUCACCUGCUUGGUUUGGUUGUUAGAUACCAUUCAAGUGUAUGAACUCAACGAUAUUCCAACUGCUGCUGAACAUAAGCAUGUCCACGAACUGUCCUUGGAACCAGAAGUACGACAGAAAAUUCUUUAUCAGGCUGAAAUAAAGGGUGUUCCUAAGUCUUCCAAUAAAGAGAGGAAAAUUGCUGAAGAAGUUCUGAAACUCUGGAAGUCAGAUGUUUCUGUUCAUAUGCUGACCCUUUCACCUCAACUGACCACAACGUUGCUACGCUAUUUAAUUUGCAGCACCAAUUCUUUGCCAUUCUCCUGUCGAAGGAUUAAUGAAUUUCAUGUUGGUUUCUUACGUCCACCCUAAAAUCCAAAGAUGUUCAGUUCUAUUGACUGUUUACAAAUGUCUGUGUUAUUGAAUUUUUAUUGAAGACACUGAGCUGGUUGAAUUGUUAGCAUGACAGACAAACUGCUAAACACAAGUGUUUGCACAUGCAUGCGUGUGCACACACAUACACGUUAGCCUCACACAUACAUCCAUACACAUAACAAUAAUAUACACAUCCAUACACAUGCACACACAUAAUAUCAUCAUCAUCACCAUCGUCGUUUAACGUCCGCUUUCCAUGCUGGCAUGGGUUGGACGGUUUGACUGAGGACUUGCGAGCCAGAAGGCUGCACCAGGCUCGAAUCUCAAUCUGAUCUGGCAAAGUUUCUACAGCUAGAUGCCCUUCCUAACGCCAACCACUCCAAGAUUGUAGUGGAUGCUUUUACGUGCCACUGGCACGAGGGCCAGUCAAGCGCUACUGGCAACAACCAUGCUCAAAAGGUGUUUUCUAUGUGCUACUAGCACAGGAGCCAAUCUGGCAGCACUGGCAAUGACCACGCUCGAAUGUUGUUUUUUCACAUACCACCAGCACAUGUGCCAGUUAGGCGACGCUGGCAACGAUCGCGUUCGAAUGGUGCUUUUUGCGUGCAACCGGCAGGGGAGCCAAUCAGCAAAAUGUAAUAUCACCCCACAUAACACAUACACUAGGAUACUUGUACACUUGCACAUAUAUGCACACACACAUACAUACCAGUACAUGUAACACACAGCACUCCACAUAAUGUAUGCACUGGGUCACUUAUUCACAUACACACACACACAGGUCCACUAUUUUUCAGCUUGCCCUCCCAUACAUACACGUUCACCUCCAUUCAUACAUACGCAAUCACACACAAAAACACGAGCAAAUUCAUUUGACUGGGUUGCCAUCAUUAUCUUCCUUCCAUUCAGCCUCUUCUGGUUAUUUCAUCCUGUUGAACUGUUAAACCCUACACAUUUUUUUUUUCAUUCUCUCUCCUUUAUUUUUCAUAUUCCUUUCUGUUGAAGAGCAUAUGCUCAAAACGUAAAAGACUUUUCCAUUCUUCUUGAGUGUUAACUAAUACACCUGCAUCUGGUUCCUACACCUAAAUUUGAACUAAUAUAUAUACACACACAUAUACACACACACCAGAGUAAGCACAUAGAUGUGAAACAAGGUGAAAAAAAUAGUACUCAAAUACCAGAGGUAGAGUAAUAUACUUUCUGUUCCAUUCUAAACAAAACUGUCUGAUGAACGGGAACAUGAAACUCUGAGUAACAGUUUUUGUGAUGUUUCUGCUGCUUUUCAAUAAAGUAUAUACAUAUAUUCAUAUACAAACCUAAAGGUGUAUCUUUUUAACCCAAUCUGAAGAGGUUCUUCCCCGCCCAUUAUUUUAGUCAUAUUUAUUUAUUCUUUAUUGGGCUUAAUUGAAACAGCUGUAAGGGUCUAUAUUUCAUUUUUGCUGAUAAUAAAUCUUUAUUAAAUGCUA